AUGUUACAGCCACGAAUAGCGGCGCCGCUGCAGCACACAUUGCUCUAUAGGCAUUCAGUAUGCCUGAGAUGCCAGACACGACUUGCGACCGGGUCAAUUGCACAGCAAUCAUUUGCUCGGACCUUCAUUUCUGCCCAAACUCUCCGCCGGCCAGCCACAGAUCCAAAGACGACUGAGUCCACGCCCACACCCGACCCCAAAGACGAGGAUGUAUUUGUUCCAAAGCCCCUCGGUCGACCCAUCGGCUUCAAGUCUGCCCCGCAGCCAGGCGAAAAUGCCAGCAUACCCAAGAUCAAAAAAGACUAUUCUGGCAUGACAAUGUCGCAGCGAAACCUUGAGAAGCGCAAGGAUCUGGUAGAGAAGUGGGGUACAAACUAUUUUCGCGACUUCAAGCAUAUCCGCAAAUACAGGUCAGGCAAGACGUUUAUGGCCAACCCUAGGAUCUUCAAGAAAGAGGCAGCAUUGUAUUUUCCAAAUCUCCACGGAGAUACGCUGGAGGGCAAAGACAAAGAUACGACCAAUGUCUUGGCGGGCAAGGUCAGUGUAGUGAAUGUGUAUAGCUCGCAGUGGGGUCUAGGCCAGGUGGAGACAUUCACCAGCAAAAAGAGCAAUACCGAUCUACACAAUAUGCUUUCACAACACCCCGGGGUAGCGCAGAUGGUGGAUAUCAACAUCGAGGAGAACAGCAUGAAGGCAUGGAUCAUUGCGCUUUUCCAGUGGCGAUUGAGGGCCUCCAAACCAAAAGAGGAGUGGGGCAAUUACUUCAUCGUCAGGAAAGGCGUUAGUGAGCGGAUUCGAGAGACAAUCGGCUUGUUGAAUGGCAGAGUCGGGUACGUCUAUCUUGUGGACCAAAACUGCAAGAUUCGGUGGGCAGGGAGCGGAAAUGCAGAGGGCACCGAGAUGGAGGACAUGAACAGAGGAUUCGCCAAGAUGGUUGCCGAGGCGCAAUAG